AUGAGUGGCCUCGCGACGAAACAGCAGUCGCUCAAGAUUUUCGAGAAGCUCAAGUCCAAGCUACCUAACAAGACCUGCUUCGACUGUGGCCAAAACAACCCCACCUGGACUUCCGUCCCCUUUGGCAUCUAUCUGUGUCUCGACUGCUCUUCGAACCACCGCAACCUCGGUGUCCACAUCUCCUUUGUCCGCUCUACGAACCUUGAUCAAUGGCAAUGGGAACAGCUGCGAUUGAUGAAAGUUGGCGGCAAUGAGUCUGCCGCCAAGUUCUUCCGUGCCAACGGUGGCACCGCUGCCCUCAACAGCAAGGACUCCAAGACCAAAUAUCAGUCAAACGCCGCCACUAAAUACAAGGAGGAGCUGAAGCGACGCGCAGCCAAGGAUGCGCAGGCAUAUCCCGAUGAGGUUAUCAUCACGGAUGGUACUGAUGAGACCUCCGAUACACCGGCCGGAGAGCCAGAGGACGACUUCUUCUCGUCGUGGGAUAAGCCCGCCAUCAAGCGACCUACUCCUCCGAUCUCGCGUACCGCUACACCGCCUGUUGUCGGCCGCACGCCAUCGCCUUUCAUCAACGCCGGCAAAGACGGCUCCCGAUCCGCCUCGCCCCUGGCUAAGCCCGCUGCCACUCCUGAUGCCAAGCCUGCCACCAGUCGCACCUCAUCUGCGGCUCUGCGCAAGACGACCACCACAGGCGCCGCCCGCAAGACCAACGUGCUCGGUGCUAAGAAGACGACGAAGCUUGGAGCCAAAAAGGUUACUGGCGAUGUUAUCGACUUUGACGAGGCCGAGAAAAAGGCCAAGGAGGAGGCCGAUCGCAUCGCCAAGCUGGGCUAUGACCCCGAUGCGGAGGAAGAGCAGGCGCCUGCCAACUCGAGCUUUGCUGCCACCAUUAUCUCACCCACUCCAAUCAACCCUGCACAGGGUGGCUCCUCACAUAGCCGACAAAAAUCCAGCUCUGAGGUGGAAAGACUCGGUAUGGGUGUCGCCAGACUUGGCUUUGGCCAGAUUGGCGGUCCCAAGGCUGCUGCCGCUAGGGAGGCCAAAAAGAAUGCCGGCGGCUUUGGCUCUGUUGGGCCCGUCAAGGCUCCUGUUGAUGACUCUGAAAAUUAUGCUCGCAGCAAAUUCGGCGCCCAGAAGGGCAUCUCAUCAGACGAAUACUUUGGCAAGGGAACUUAUGACCCCAACCAGCAGGCCGAGGCCAAGACGCGCCUGCAAGGUUUUGAAGGCGCGACGUCAAUUUCUUCCAACGCCUACUUUGGUCGCCCGGAGGACGAGCCCGAGGAAGAGUAUGGCGAUCUAGAGUCGGCCGCCAAGGACUUUGUACGCAAGUUUGGCAUCACCGCCAGUGACGAUCUUGAGAAUCUGGGCAACCUGGUCGGUGAGGGUGCCACUCGUCUGCAAGGUGCGAUCCGUCAGUACCUUGGCAACUGA